CAGGAACCAGAGAGCCACGCGACAACCGCUGGAAAAUGAGCAAUCUAGCAAUGACCGAGAUGUGUUUAGAGCAGGGACCGAUCUGUUCGCGUUUGGAUUUGCAGGCAUCCGACCCUCUGCGAUAAUUAUGAACGAGGCUUUAGCUCUCCUCUGUGCCUGUGUGUUGCCAGACAACCAAUGAGGCUGCAAAGCAAAUCGCAUUCACAGGCUGCAGAUUUCAGGAGGAGGCACAGAGGUGACUUUUACUUACAAACGCUCAUUAAACGUGUGCUGUAGGAAAGUAGCCCGAAGCACCCUUUCUCUUGCAGUAACCUCUGCUAUGUUUUCUCCUUCUUCACGUAUCUUUUGGCUGGCAGAUAACCCUGGUCUGAUGCCAUUUCGGAUGUCCCAGUGAGAACUCUUAGAGAUGCCUAUUCUCUCUGGAGGCAGCGACCAAGACUAUAGUAACAUUAGCUACGCUUCUUGUAAUUCCUUGAGCCAUUUCUUUCCUGUCUCCGUUGAAACUCCUUCUGUCAAAGGGGUCCAUUACCAAAGAGCCAGGAGGAUUUACCGCCCUGAUCAAGCCUCUGCAGCCGAUCUAAAGACAGAAAUUAUGAUAAAUGUUGGAGGCAUCAAAUACCUGCUACCUUGGAGUACUUUAGAUGAAUUUCCCCUGACCAGACUGAGCAAACUUAAGUUUUGCAGCAGCUACGAAGAAAUUAUUCAGCUGUGUGAUGAUUACGAUGAAGACACCCAUGAGUUCUUCUUUGACAGGAACCCCAAUGCUUUUGGGAUGAUUGUCAGCUUUCUAGCAGCAGGGAAGCUGAUGCUCUUAAGAGACAUGUGUGCCUUGUCUUUCCAGGAGGAGCUGAGAUACUGGGGGAUUGAGGAAUCCAACCUGGAGAACUGCUGCUUUCGAAAAUUGUUUCAAAAACUGCAGGAGCUGGCCGAGGUACGGAAAGAAGAGGAGCUCCGGAGGAGCAAAGAAGCUGCGUGUGUCCUCGAUGAGAAGACCAAAUUCGGACAGUUUAUGAACAGACUCAGAGAUAUGGUAGAAAAUCCCCAGUCGGGACUCCCAGGCAAAGUCUUUGCUUGUCUGUCCAUCCUCUUUGUGGCCACCACAGCUAUCAGCCUUUGCGUUAGUACAAUGCCAGAUUUAAGAGCUGAAGAAGACAGGGGUGAGUGUUCCCAGAAGUGCUAUUACAUCUUCGUCAUAGAGACCAUCUGCGUGGCUUGGUUUUCUCUGGAGUUCUGCCUCCGCUUCAUUCAAGCAAGGAGCAAGUGUCAGUUCUUCAAAGGGCCCCUAAACAUCAUUGAUUUUUUGGCUAUUUCACCCUAUUACGUUUCCCUCAUCUUGGCAGAGGAUGACUCAAAUGAAGCAGAUGACAAGCCAAGCAGCAACACUUAUUUGGAGAAGGUUGGGUUGGUGCUACGGGUUCUACGUGCCUUGAGGAUCUUGUAUGUCAUGCGCCUUGCCCGGCACUCCUUGGGCUUGCAGACCUUGGGCCUCACCGUGCGGCGCUGCACGCGAGAAUUCGGCCUGCUUUUACUCUUCCUGUGCGUGGCUGUCACUCUGUUUUCUCCUUUGGUCUAUCUGGCCGAGAACGAAUCCGGCAAGGUGCUUGAAUUCACGAGCAUACCCGCCUCUUACUGGUGGGCUAUCAUCUCCAUGACCACCGUGGGGUACGGAGACAUGGUACCGCGGAGCGUCCCGGGCCAGAUGGUGGCUCUGAGCAGCAUCCUCAGUGGCAUUCUCAUCAUGUCUUUUCCUGCAACAUCAAUAUUCCACACUUUUUCCCAUUCCUACUCGGAGCUGAGAAAGGAACACGAACGACUGCAGUCUCGGCUGAACAGAGUUAAAAAUGCCAAUCACUCUGGUGAAAGUGACACCUUCAAUGAGACAGACAGCUUGAUCCUGGAGGAGCCAGCAUCACCGAUCAAAUACAUUUACACAGGGAACUGAGCCUUGCUGUAAAACAUUCCCAAGAAUAGGAUACACACGUAUGUCAACAUAACACACAAAGCAAAGCAACAAAAUACGUCACGCCGCUAUUUUUCUCUGCCAGGAUAGGUAUAACAAAGCAGUACAAGCCAGUGCAGCUGGCUCCAGCACAUCACUACGGAGGCGGAAGUUUUGAGAAUGUCAAAAGUCAAGAGUUUAUUCGGGAAUAAAUAUCCAUUCUUCCAUAGGACUAAUGAUAAGAUUCCGCUUUAUCUCUGCCAGUUAUACGUCUUGCUGAAUACCUAAUAUUGAAUGCAGAGCAAACUAAACAGCUUCUGUUGGCACAAAAACACUUGUUAUUUUAUUUGCCUUUGAGUUUCCAACGUUCUUUGCAACUAACACCUUGAGCCAAGCGUUAGAAAGGAUUUUUUCAGGGCUAUGCACUUGUGUUAUUUAUACAGCGCUCAUCAUCCAGGCAUACAGAAGAAGCCUCAAUAAAACAGAGUUCUGUAUCUAAAGCCACUAAUAAGCUAAGACAAAAACACUGUAUGUGAAAGCUUUCAAAGUUUGCCUGUAGUCAGAUGACCUAUCUCUAAACAACAAAUUGCACUGCUACUGUAAGAUACACAGCGUUUGCAAGAGAAUUUGCUUGAAAUGCAGUUGCAGUCUGGGAACUGUAAACAUUUCAUACUAGACAGGAGACGUUUUCAAAGUUUUUUCAUAUACUUAUUUUAAAAAAUAAAAAACUUAUGGAACAUGUGAGAUGGUGUUUUGUUGUUGUUGUUGAACGGUGAUGGCUUUUCUAGAAAACGUUAUUGAAAAUAAAAUGACAGCUUAAAAGUAUUCAAAGGUACAAAUAGCAAAAAAUGAGGGGAAUGAUUGCUGAAGGCAGUGGGAGCGAUUGCCUGAUGCAAAUAGGAGAUGUCCCUCUUGGCAGAUCCGAGUUUAUCCAGAACAGGACUAUACAGAAGUCAAAAAUACUACUUCGUGGGAUAUUCUAGAUGAUCUUUUGUAAUUCAACCUUUAGAUGCUGCGAAUGCAGUCAGACAAGGUCAAGUCUUCGGAAACAUCAGCUCAUGGGUCCGGCUGGUAAGCAGUCAGGCUGAUGUCUGCAGAACCUUGACACACUGAACAUUGGGCAUGUAUUUAAGUACCAACAUGAAUCAACGCCUAAAUUAAUUUUUCAAUCUGAUUUUCAGCUUUUAUUUUCCCAUUUCUUAAAUCCUACCAGGGUCCCACGAUGCUGUGACCCUCUGGUUCCACUUCCAGCCUCUGCCAUUCUAAGGCAGAGCAGGUCAGAGCCCAGGGGAUGCUCCGGGCGCUGUGACCAGUCUCCCACGCGGACACACACACAGUCACUUGCAGAGUUAUGCAACCUCAUGUAGGCAUCAGGGAGUUUCAGUUUUUAGAUGCUCUCCUCACUGUGCUUUAUAGCUUAAGUACAGAAAAACAUGGUUGUUGGCACAGUUCAGAUCACGUGACUCAUUAAUCUCUGGGGUUUAUCCUGCUAUCGACUCUGAUCUAAAGCAGAGAAACUCCAGCGCAUUACAGACGGGAUGUUCCAAUACAACUGGAGCAAGUUAACACUAGACGACAGGAAUUUAUAUUUGCCACACAACAUGGGAAUUCCCUCUGUUUCAUGCAUAAAUCUAUUUGAUUUUUAAAAUUUUCUUGUUGAACUUUUAUUUUUGCCAGCAAUUCCCCUCUGGCAGGACUACUCAGAUAGGAAAUCUGAUCAACUUCUCCCCGGAUGUGUACCAUGACCCAGACCUCUCCAGGCUCCUACGUGUGCGAUGCCAUCUGCAUUUGAUUCUACAUUUCUUUUCUGUUGUUCCAGCUCCUCAGGAACAACCACUGCACACUGCCACAAUGCCAUCACAGCCCGUGUCUAAGGCAGUGCUUGCUCCUGCUCAGUGAUCCCUGCUAGAAUUACAUAUCCUGCUGCAGAGCAAAUACAUCCCUGAAAGACAUUUAUCCCCUGAAGCACCAACAUGCUCUUUGGAAAUACAAGCAGUUAGGUAAUACAAUUGAUUUACUUUUCUUAAUUAACAGCUUUGUUGCUAGUUCAGGAGUCAGUUCAACACAGUCCCACAGAGAGUUAAUCCAGCCACACUGCUCUAAGCACACAGAUGCUGGAAAAAUACAGGGGCUUUUACUGCCCAAGUGCUGCUACCACCCUGAUGUCCAGGUUCUGUGAUGGAGGGCUCCGGGGUUUGUGGGCAUAAUUGUGCCCCCAAGAUCACAGAGCUCCAAAUCUUCAAAGAAAAGGAAAGGAAAAACAAACAAAACGAAAGAGAAGAAAAUCACCAAUGUUUAACAGUGAAGCAAAUGCUGGUAUUUUUGCUAGAAUCGGGAUCAUGCCAUACAUUUCCAUUUGUAACUGAAUGUCUCCUGAUAGCUGGGCCACGCCAGAACCAGCUUUCAUAGAAAAUGUCCUUCAUGAUUCAUUGUGUUAUUAGGGAGGGAAAAAAUAUGUCGAGGGGAACAUUUAGUUCCUGCGUAAUUCAACUGAGAAACAAAUUCAGAACAAGCAGUUACAAUUAGCAGAUAUUAUUGUUGCCAAGUACAUAUCAUUUCAUAACUAGACUUAAUUAAAAGAGCAGUUUAGGUGCCUGGCAUCCAGCCUCUCUUAGUUCAGAGCCUCAUCCCCGAAUCUAAAUCCCAGCAGAAGCAGAGGACCAGCACUUGUUAUCCAGCGUGAGCCACAUUCUUCAGUUCUCCCCAAUGCAUUACAUCCCUUUUUAAAAUUCUGAUUGGUGCUCUGAUAUACCAACAUCUCAGCUGUACAGUGAAGGACCCACAAAACUCCCAGUGAUAAUGUUUUCUUUGGGGAAAUCAGUGGAUAUCCUGU